CGCAGGGAUCCUCCACUUCUGCCACAAACUGUGGGCGUUUUCCCUCUGAGCUUGACACCAGAGGGUUUUUUUUUCCCUCCCCAUUGGGUGUUGUCUUGCUUUCCCGUUACUUUGUAGAGUCCGCUGAGACUUGCUGAGUUUGAUAACCCUGAAUUGUAGUUGUUACUUGAGUUUAAACGGCACAACCGUCACUUCAUUGUGUGGACGCUUUACUUCUCAAAGCCACGCAGGACUUGUUGAUUUUCCACCGACGUUAGCCGGCUAAGCUAAUUGAGCUCCAGCGGCUAUCAAGACAGCGCCUCGAUGCAGGCCAUAAAGUGUGUGGUAGUGGGUGAUGGGGCUGUGGGUAAAACAUGCCUGCUUAUCAGCUACACUACCAAUGCCUUCCCUGGAGAGUACAUCCCCACAGUCUUUGACAACUACUCUGCCAAUGUGAUGGUGGACGGGAAGCCUGUGAACCUCGGCCUAUGGGAUACAGCGGGACAGGAGGACUACGACCGACUCCGACCACUUUCCUACCCACAGACAGACGUAUUCCUGAUUUGCUUCUCACUGGUCAGCCCCGCCUCUUUUGAAAAUGUUCGUGCUAAGUGGUACCCUGAGGUGAGACAUCACUGCCCCAACACCCCCAUCAUCCUGGUGGGCACCAAGCUGGAUCUGAGAGACGACAAGGACACCAUUGAGAAGCUGAAGGAGAAGAAACUCUCGCCCAUCAUCUACCCUCAGGGCUUGGCCAUGGCAAAAGAAAUAAGCGCGGUCAAGUAUCUGGAGUGUUCAGCGUUAACGCAGCGUGGCCUUAAGACAGUGUUUGACGAAGCCAUCCGGGCAGUCCUGUGCCCCCCGCCCGUCAAGAAGAGGAGGAGGAAGUGCAGAAUUUUGUAAAGGCAAGAUGAGCACAGCUGCAGUCGUAACUCGCAUACUAAGAUGAAAGCGUUUGUUGGCUGUCAGCUUUCCUUGUGGAAGUGAAUCUUUGCUCAUGUCAGUGCAUUGAGUAGACCAGAGGAGCUCCUUGUAAAUUAAUUUUUAGGUUCAACUGGAGCACUCAGGCAAUUCUGGCUGAAUUUCGGGUUUAUGAAGUCAGGAUUUUUACAAACAGUGAUUUUAUGAAGAAAUUGCUGCUGCCUUCAUGUCAUCUUAACUCUAUGAUAAGAGAAUUGAGAAUUUUUAAUUGGGUUCUGGAUCCCUUGACAGACGAUUAAAAAGCCAGAAAGUGGUAAAAACAAAGUUUUUUUUUAAAUAAUAAUUUCCUGUUUAUAAGUGUUUGAAGGACUUUUUGUUUACCAUCAAACGCUAAAAUGUUUAAUUUCGUUUUUACUUGCAGGCAUACAUACUGCUUACAAUGUUAUGAAAAACCGGCUUGGUGGAAAGCGUAGUUGAAGUUAAAAUAAGUGUGUACACAUAAGAGUUCAGUAUUUCAACACUAAUUUGCGAAGGUGCAGAAAAUAUGCUCUGCUUUUGUUUUGUUUUACUUUAUUGCUUUCUUGUGGUUAACAUUUCACUUUGAAUUUUUAGUCCUGUCAUGACAUUCAGAUCCCACAUAUUGCUGUUUCAUUCUGAGCCAGUGAGUGUCGUACAGUGUGAUCUUCAGCUGUAACGGUUUUAUUUUUAAUUCAGCAAUGAUCAAAUCUGGGCUCAUUUUAACAGUGUUUUCAGUUCCGCUCACUUGUGCACACAUGCUUUAAUACAGUAUGAUUUGACAUGUUUUAUAAGUAAAUAAAGACAUCAAAAAUGCAAUCACA